AUGAAUAGGACAGGACUGACCGAUACUGGGGUGAGCAGGCCGUUACAGAUGCUCUACUUCAAAAGUGUUUACCCACAGAAGACGGACAAGUCGCAUGAUGCUACUAAACGAGUGAGGAAAGCAGCAAGUGGCGAUGCUAGUGACCAGGAGGAAGAGGCUAGCCCCGCAACAGGUGACCUGGUUCAUAGCCAGCCUGAGUGGGGGGCAGAUACAGCGCACCCGAUCAGCCAUCAUGUGGACCCCCACCAACAACCGGAGCAAGAGGCCAGUAUGGAGAUAUCAGCUAGCCAAGUACAGCAGCAAGAGGCGGGAACCACAACAUCAACGCGCUUCUUUCAUGAAGCGUCAGAAGGAGAGGAGCGCGCAGUGAGCGGAGAGGAAUGUGGUUCAUCCAGCGACAGGUCAGGGGGAUGCGCAACUGUUUGGACUGCUGCUCAGUUCAAGGUGAAGCAGAGUUACUACCCCUGGCUUCUUAUGGACAGUUCUGGUUUGGGCUGCACAAUUUGUAAGGCGGUGGGGACUUUGGGGCCGGAGAAAACGGGAGGAAUGAAACUUGCUAAAGAGUGGGUGUCAAAUAGGCCAGGGCGCUACACUGUACUGAGCCAAAGAGGAAUUGAGGAAAACUCUUUCCAAGGAAUUACACUAAAUGAAGGAAAAUCAAGCGACAAAACACUGGACGCCAAGCCAUUUUUCCAAGCUGUGGCCAAGAACCUGGAGAAUCGGAUGUUAUCCCAAGGAGGACGGGUACCAGACAAAACGGGAUAUAACAAGUUCAUUGAGGAGUUGAAGGUGCUUUAUGCGCAGUAUUGGCCCGAGGACGCAGUCCCGUACGUGAGGUCGUGGGUGACCAAAGGACACAGAACUGCCACGGAUACGUGCAGUAAAACCCGAAACAGAGAGAAGGAGAAUAAUCCGGACCUGCUCGUGUUGUGGAGCAUUUUGGACAACUAA